AUGGGGCCUAUUUGGGAACUCGCGGCCUCUGCCACAACACCCCAAAUCCUUUUCUCCCCCUCCCGCCUGCGCCUGCGGUCCGGGGCCCAGGUGACGUUCACCAAGCGCAAGUUCGGGCUGAUGAAGAAGGCCUACGAGCUGAGCGUGCUGUGCGACUGCGAGAUCGCCCUCAUCAUCUUCAACAGCGCCAACCGCCUCUUCCAGUACGCCAGCACGGACAUGGACCGCGUGCUCCUGAAGUACACGGAGUACAGCGAGCCCCACGAGAGCCGCACCAACACCGACAUCCUCCAGACGCUCAAGCGGAGGGGUGUGGGCCUCGAGGGGCCAGAGCUGGAGCCAGAUGAGGGGCCGGAGGGGCCGGGAGAGAAGCUGCAGAGGCUGGCAGGCGAAGGGGGUGACCCGGCCUUGCCCCGACCCCGGCUCUACCCGGCAACCCCUGCUAUGCCCAGCCCGGACAUGGUGUACGGGGCGUUUCCCCCAGCAGGCUGUGACCCCGGCGGGCUCGGGGAGGCCCUGCCUGCCCAGAGCCGCCCGUCCCCCUUCCGACCAGCGGCCCCUAAAGCCGGACCCCCAGGCCUGGCACACCCUCUCUUCUCACCAAACCACCUCGCCAGCAAGACGCCGCCCCCCCUGUACCUGGCGGCCGACGGGCGGAGGCCGGACCUGCCGGGUGGCCUGGCCGGGGCCCGAGGGGGACUGAGCUCCUCGAGAAGCCUCUACGGCAGCCUGCAGAGCCCGUGCUCCGCCGCGGCCCCGGGAACGCCGCUGGGGAGCUUCCCCUUCCUCCCCGCGGGCGCCCCAGAGUACGGCCUGGGAGACCCCCCGCCGCCCCCGGGCUUGCUGCAGUCGCCGGCGCUGGCCGCGUGGCCGUCCUCCCGGGGAGACGCGCCCCCCGCCGCCGCCGCCCCGCCCAGCGGGGGCCGCGGCCCCGGCGAGGGGGGCCCCCCGACGUCCCCGCCGCCCCCCGCGGUCAGCGUCAAGUCCGAGCGCGUCUCUCCGGCCCCCGGCGGCGCCGGCGACUUCCCCGCGGCCUUCCCCUACCCGCUGCUCCUCGCCCGGACCCUGGCGGAGCCGCUGCGGCCCGCGCCCGCCCUGCGCCGCCUGCCCCUGGCGGACGGCUGGCCCCGGUAG